UAAUAAAUUAUGAAAUCAUUGUUGCUUUGGAAAAACUAGGUUAUUCAUAUUAUUUGGGAAUUUGUGAAUUCGCUUCUUAUUCUUAUAGUUCACUCAAUUUGAAUUUAUUUGAACUGUUCAUAAACUUGAACUCACGUUUUGAAAUACUAUAUUUUCCUAAUCGAUUUUGUGUUUCAAAAGCAUGUUCUCUGCAAAAACGAUGUUAUUAGGCCUACGAUCUUUGAAUAUAUCACUUGAGUAGAGAAUACUGUGAAUAUUUUACUCAGCUUUUGAACAACACAGUUCAAAAUAUUUGUAGGCCUAUGGAAAAGAGGUGCAAAAAAAACAAACAAUAUGAAUAUGUUCCAGGCUAUCGGCAGUGCUUUGGAUCAAACCCUCAAAUCAAACCCUAAUUCAGUGGUAUUUGGGGAAGAUGUUGCAUUUGGAGGUGUAUUCCGUUGUUCAAUGGGGCUGCAAGAGAAAUAUGGCAGACAAAGAGUGUUCAAUACACCUCUUUGUGAGCAAGGAAUUGCAGGUUUCGGGAUAGGCUUGGCAGUAACUGGAACAACAGCCAUAGCUGAAAUCCAAUUCGCAGACUACAUGUUCCCUGCAUUUGACCAGAUAAUGAAUGAGGCAGCGAAAUACAGAUACAGGAGCGGCAACGAAUUUAAUUGCGGCAAGUUGACAAUCAGAGCUCCGUGUGGUGCGGUGGGGCACGGCGCUCUUUAUCACUCGCAGAGUCCAGAGGCAUACUUCUCUCACACACCUGGCCUUAAAGUUGUAAUUCCAAGCUCACCAGUCAAAGCAAAAGGUCUUCUACUAUCUUGUAUUAAGGAUGGCGAUCCAUGUAUUUUCCUUGAGCCGAAAGUGCUCUACAGAAGUAUUACUGAAGAAGUACCUGAAGAGCCGUUUGAAUUGCCUUUGGGAAAGGCAGACAUCAUCCGUAAAGGUGAUGCUGUAACAUUGAUAGGAUGGGGCACCCAGGUACAUGUUCUGAUUGAGACGGCUGACUUGGCUCGUCAACAACUUGGAAUAAAUUGUGAGGUUAUUGAUCUUAUUUCAAUUCUACCUUGGGACUUCGAAGCUGUAUGCAACUCUGUGAAGAAAACUGGACGAGUGAUAAUAGCUCAUGAAGCACCGUUGACUAGUGGAUUUGGAGCCGAAAUGGCAGCAACAAUUCAGGAGGAGUGCUUCUUGUACCUGGAGGCGCCUGUACAGAGAGUGACUGGCUUCGACACACCUUUUCCUCAUGUAUUCGAGCCUUUCUACCUUCCCAAUAAAUGGCGGUGUUUUCAUGCCAUCAAAGACAUCAUGAAAUAUUAGUGGUAGCUACAAAAUAAAUUCAAAAUUUGGAUUUGAGUGGUCUAAUUUAAUAGAUGAAAUUUUAUUAUUUCUAUAUGUUAAAAAUACUUGUUGAUUAAUAACUAAUUAUUUAUCACUCUAGACUUUUACGAUCAUUUUUGUAUUUCUUAUUGAAGUUUUCAAAUUUGAAAUGUGAAUGUUAAAUAUACAUAUAUGCGAAUUGUAUAUGUAAUAUUCUAAUUUAUAACAAGAUUGAUAGUAAACAUCGUUGUUGAACCUUCAAAUUCAUUUUGAUUUGGCAGUAUUUAAGUAGGAGGAGUAUUGUACUCUACUCAACGUUUUUUCUUUCUCAACUGUGAGUAGCCUACAUGAUUCAAUAAAUAAAUAGUCUAUAAAUUUUGGAUUUUCGAAAGUUGUACAUAAAUGACUAAAGUUGGCUCAUUGGGCAGUUGAGUCUUGGACUUACAUUUGCAAGGCAUUCAAAAAAAAAUUAACUAUGGUUCACAAGAUCUAAUGAUGUACUUAAUAAAACUCCAUUAUAAAUGGAAACUUGAAAAUUUUAUUAAUGAGGAAAAAAUCCUAAUUUCAAACACUCUAUACUUCCGUUGAACGAGUAACCGCUGAAGACUAGUUUUCCUAAUCAUAAGCUACCAACUAUCAGCUUCAAAUUGAUUUGUAGCCUGAAGAAAAUGUCAAUUUCCUGAAAUCAAGGGAUGAUAUAUUGUAUUUUGGAGACAUAAAUUUGCAAUUUGAAGAUGAAAAAUAUUUUAACAUUCCCCCAGUAUUUUGGAGCCCAACUGAAAAUAUGGACCUAUUCAAGUAUUCAUCUUUCAUCAUCAUAUUAUCAUCAUCCUACCCACUAUCCACUCACAAGCCCAGCUAGGAUUCGUGAGCUCUCACUCUCAAAAAAAUAUACUUGGUGCAUUUAGUGAUUUCUAAAAUAUUUGGAAAAUGAGAUUGAUUCAUUGAUUGAUAUUAAAUUUUCCAUUAUAUUCCAAUACAUAAUUGUGAUGAUAUUAUAGUAGGCGUUUCUUGUAAGAAUAUUUGAUAAUACUCCCUAUCAAGAUCUGGUAUUCUAGUAUCGUAUUCAAUUACCUUUAUCUCUAACAGUUUCUCAAAUCUUUACCAGAUAUCAUCUGCAAUACAAAAUUAGUCAGCAUUCCAUUUCACAAUUUAUUCAACUCUUCAUAAGACUCUCGAGUUUACAUACCAUGAUAUCCACAUAGAGAUUAAGUCUAUAAUAUUACGUUGAUAUCAGACUACUCUGACACAAUUUUAAAAGGAAGCAAAGUGAAAUUGAUUGACAAAUUUCAUUUUUGACAUUACCAUCAAUCUUAUGUCAUGAGCAUUAAGUGUUCCUUUUCUUGUGUGGCGUGAGUGACCUACUUAAGGUAACUGACUGAACUACCUAUUGAUAUGUAGGGCAAGUAUUUCAAAAUGUUCUCUUUACAAGUUAGGACAUGAUCAGUUAUUUCCAAUAAAUAGUUCUAUUUUUUCCUCCCAUCGCUUUCUAUAAUAAUAUGAAUGAUUUAAAAGUAAAGUUUAUUGAUACCGUAUAUGGAUUUUUCUCUAGUUUAAAAUAAACUCUUGAAUAGCAGGCAGAAUUCUUUAUUCAUUUUUGAAAAUGACACUGAUGUAAAUAACACUGGUACCGUAGAUAAAAUAAUAAGGAAAACAUAAUUUUAUGGAAUGAAUAAAUAUUGAAUAUAAAUCGUUCAAGAAUCCACGAACCAGGAAUUGAAAUGUAUUUUAGAGGAAUUAAACUCAGAGGGGUUCAACUCAAAAUGUCUUACAAAAAUUGCACUUUUUAGUCCAAAUUAAGUUUUAAUGCCAACUUAUCCUUCCUUCAAGAGUUAACUUAUUACUAGCAGAUGACAUUUUUAUGGAACACAUAACCAAAAAAUUGAUUUUUUCAAUCGUCAAAUUUGUUCAUCAUUAUAAACCUUUUGAUUGAUUUCCAAUUUUAUUGCUAGGCGAAUUUGGAAUUUACCAUUUUUGUGAUUCACAGUCAUGCUUCGAGACUAUAUUUUUAACGUUUUUAAUGGGCUAUCUAAUUAUAUCGCCUUAUUGGUGGUAAUUGUGUUUCGAAAAGGUGGAAGAUUGGGUAGAAAUGAGAAGUGGUAUUAUGGAGAAGACAAAUUAGAAGUUAUAAACGAAUAUAAGUACCUUGGAAUAGCAUUUACCUCUGCCCUGUCUAUGCGUUCGCAUUUCAAAAAUAAGGUGACUGCAGCCAAAUAUGGUAAACAGUGUUUGGCGACAGCUUAUUUUAAAUGACAAGGUACCAAUUUCAUCGAAGUGGCAUGUCUGUAAUGCGGCAAGUAGAGCUGUUGUCACAUAUGCCGCGGAGAUGUGGGGGUAUAUUGAAUCGGAGGAACUUGAACGUUUUGGACGGUUUUCCAUAAAAAGAUUGCUCUCCCUGCCAAGGAAUACUCCUGACUAUGUGUUAUACUUGAAAUCAGGGGUGGAUAAAAUGUGGUUGACUACCUUAUGCCAGCAUUUUAAUUAUAUAUUGAAAACUUUGGCUAUGCCAUCCAAACGAUUCCCACGAAUUAUUUCGGAAAUUUUUAUUAGAGAGAAAUGUGGCUGGUAUGCAUUGGCUAGAGUUGUGUCGGGAGUAUGAGGUAGAU